AUGGUUCGUCAAUACAGUUUUGAAUAUCGGAGACAACACCCAGAUAUGUUUCCAGAAGCUUGUGGCACAUGCAUUCCACAAAGACGAUUCAAACGUCCUGUGGAUCAUCAGCGACAUGACCGUGAUAAGCAUGGACACUGUCCUGAAUCAUUUUACGACUACUCGUUUCGAAAUCCAGGAUAUACUAGUUAUUCGGCUUUAUCAGCAGCACAUGGUACACAGAGUCAUUCAUCAACGAUUUCUAAAUCAUCUGUGGUUUAUCAUGCCAGAGAGUUAUCACCACCAUUAAGUCCGCUAUAUGACGUAUCGAAAUAUGAUCUAGACAAGUUUGUAAAGGAUGAACUUGAACCAGAUACUGCAUACAACCUAAGAUGUUGUGCUGUUGUUCAUCGUUUAUGUGAGUUCAUGAAAAAUAAUUUUCCAGCAGAACUUCAACCAGCACAAAUAAUAAAGGGUGGAUCUCUGGGGAAAGGCACGGCAGUAAAAGGAAAAUCAGACGCUGAUCUCGUGGUGUUUCUUAGCAAUUCAAAGUUUGAUUCUAUUCCUGUUCUUCAAAGUCAAAUGAACAAAAUAUUAAAUGAUAUGGAAUCCUACUUGCGGCACGGUGCAUGUACCAUUGAGGGCAAAACCCAACACGCUGUAAUGGUUUCCGUGACUUGCCACAAGGAACAUACUCAUGAUGUUGACAUUCUUCCUAGCGUCAACAUUCUAGACAAAUAUUCGAAGAGAGCGAUAUAUCAAAUGAUGAAAGGUUUAAAUGAUAAGGAUCAGUAUUUCUUCUCUGCUGCGUUGUCACCCUUACAAUUGGAGUUUGUAUCUCAACGACCACCAAAACUCAAGUCCUUGAUUCGAUUAGUAAAGUUUUGGAGGAAAACAUCUUUUAACGAAAGUACAGGCAAACGACUCCCAACAUCAUACCCUUUGGAAGUCAUCACUAUCAGUCAAUGGCUCCACGAAUGUGGUCGUGAAAACUUCGACUUAAGGAAAGGCUUCUAUAACGUUCUGAAAGCACUUGUGAAUUAUCGUAAUCUAGCUUAUGUCUGUGAAGAUAACUACAAGUCUUCUGAUGUGAAAAGCUCAUUGAAGGAAAGUUAUCAUGUGAUGGAUCCUGCAAACCCGUUUAACAACUUGAUGGGAAGAUGUGAUUGCUGGGAAGAAGUCAAAAGAAUUGCAUCAAUUUGUCUUGCUAAACCUCUCCUGAUUGACCUACGUGGGGAUGUGGGUUGGAUCUAACUGUCAUCACUGAAUAUGAAUUCAAUUGUAACCAGUGGUUAUAUAACUUAAGGUUACUGUAGAAUGAUGAUAUACAUAAUGCAGUCAGCCAUUUUGUUUUUUGUUUGUUUUGAAAUAUUUACACGAUGUAUUUUUUUAAUGUCACUAAAUUAUUUCGUUUGCAAUAUUUGAUGCUUAACCUUCCUUAAUAAGAAAAAUAAACGCGCCUUCCUGAUACCAAAAAAAAAACAAGCAAACACAUAAUGUCAGAAGACAAAAACGAAAUGACGGGAUGUAUAACGUAGCGGUACCCAAAAAUUUCCUAGAUAAUAAACAAUUUGCAUUUUUAUGAUUUGAUAAUAUGCACGUCUUUCAACAUAAGUAAAAAUAUUUGAAUACACACAAACGGUCACAGUAUUUAUCAACGUCAUCUUUUUUAAAAUUAGCAAAUACAAUGUGUUACAAGUAUCUGUUUCUUAAACAAUGAAGAGUAAGCAUGGACUACUAUCCAAUUGUUCAAAAUAUUUGACAAAUUUAGUCAAAAGCUCUGUUACUCGACUUUUGUCGAUGCGAAUAUAAGCAUGGAUGCAAUUUGUGUACUCAUCAUUACAGAAUCAUGGAUAAAAUUGGUGAAACCAUUUAGUAAAUAAUAGUGCAUCUAAAAAAUAAACUUUUGUCUCAAGUAUAAAUAAACAUAGGUUAAAUAACUGUCAAAAUAGGUGCAAUUUGGGUACCCUCAUGUUAAGUACAGAGUCACGUCAUAUAGACAAUGCAAAAAUGGAAGACAAGAAUGCAAAAAUUAUCAUAGAACAAUGACGGAAUGUAUAAGUACAGAGCCAAGUUAUAUGUAUACAAUAAACUUAAAAGGCAUAUAGAUAAAGCACAUUAUCAAAAAUGAAAGGCAACAAUACAAAAAUCACCAUAGAACAGUAACAAGUGUAAACUUAACUUGAAGCCAUUGUAUACUGUAUAUAUAACAAUGCAUGAAGCGUUUUGGAUGUAAGGAAUUUUAGUUUCUAGUGCAUGCAGAAAUUAACCAGAAAAAUGAUUCCAUUUUACUAAUCAAUAUUCUUUUAAUCCUAUUUUUAUGACAAGUGAUUAUUCUUUUUAACAAGCUUUUAAAAAAAUGUUAAUUAUUAAGAGUCUGUUAAUUACUGAACUAUAAAAACAGAGGUGUAAGAUUUGAAAGGUUCAAAUGUUGCUUACCUAAUUAUAAUGAAUUGCUGAAUGUAUAUAUUGUUUCAUACUUGUAAGAAUAUGAAAAACGAUUUUCAUUAUUUACUUGUAAAAGCGCAGAUGUAACAUUGCGCUUUUUUAAUCAUACUUUUUACCAUCUUUAGUUUUAUGACAUGACGACUUUGACCUGCUCAAUGAUGUUUAUAGAGUUAAUUGCUUUAACAGAUCGUUAGAUUUACAGUUGCACAUUGAUUGUUAAUACAGAUCAAAGACGUUCAUGUAUACCAUCUUUUUAUUACACAACGUCUUU